AUGGGCAGCAAUUACAUCUACCUCUAUGACCGUUGCCUCGAGGCAAAACAAAACAUUAAAGUUUGGUCAUCAAAUGCUAUAGAUCUCUUUAGGAUAUCUCGAUGUCAAAUGAAGUAUAAUUAUAUGUACUCUCGUUCAAUGAAUGAUAAUUAUAUAGAGGUCCGGCAUAGUAAAGAAUGUGGUAGAUAUUUGGUAGCUGCUCAAGACAUUAAAUGUGGUCAAGUUAUCUUGCGUGAGAUGCCAAUUGCUCAUUGUAUCAAUUGGGGUGAUCAAUACGCUAGAAACAUAUGCCACAAUUGUCUACAUCUUUUCAUUGGCGGAGAGAAUAAUAAUAUUAAUAAUAAUAAGGAUGAUGAGCAAACAGAGAGUAGUCGUUUAGAAACAUGCACUAAAUGUAAACAAAUCAGUCUUUGCACCGAUUGCUGGGCUCUUAGUAGAGAUGCUGACGACAAAGAACAUUCAUUUCACUCUGACUUUGAAUGUCAACAAAUGCAAAGGUUGGCAUCGAGUGCGAUGUUUGACUACGACUGCAAGACACUUGCUAAACUCGCUCUAAGAGUGUCGGAUUCAAACAACUCUGCCGCUGAGCAACUAGUCAACAAUCAAGAGAAAUUCACUGCUUCGAGACUGUCCUCACUCAACAAAGUUAUUAAAUACAUAACAACAACAACAUCGUCAUCGUCAAAUAAAGACAAUGGCAAUAACAAUGGCAAUAAUGGAAGAGAUUUACAAUUGAUUCAGGAGAAACAACAAAGGAGAAUGUUAAACUUGAUGUGUGCACUGGAGUGUAAUACUCAUGAGAUUGGAAUCACCGUAGAUGAGUACAACUACUGUUCGAUUGGCUCUGCAGUCUACGAGAAAGCGUCGCUCUUUAAUCACUCGUGUCAGCCCAAUGUAUGUCGGAUCAAUCGUGCAGGAGAAUGGGGUGCUCUCGAGAUGAUAUCACUCACCGACAUUGCUGCGGGUACCGAGUUGGUCUACAACUACAUUCAGAUCUCAUUGCCAACAGAAGACCGUCAAUCCAAACUCUCUGAAAACUACUUUUUCGAAUGCAAAUGUAAUGGAUGUGUUAACAACACUUCUAUUUCCUCACGUCAAAAACAACAAAAACAACAACAAAAACAACGACAACAAAAACAAAGCAAUUCACAAAAAAGUUUUCUUAAAAAGUAUUUAUGUACAAGAGACACUUGUAAUGGUGUUUUGAUCACCGAUGCAAACGAUGCCAAUAAGCGACAAUCAUUUCUUAUUCACAUGUAUGUUGUUAGACUUUUUAAGAUAUCAUUGUUAGUUUAUAUAUUUAGAUCAAAUCAUUAUUAG